UUUACUGCUAACUUCAAUUUACUACUAUGCGCGGCUGAUUUGACUGUUCUUCCUGUGAAAUUCCACCAUUUAUAAUGAAUUUAGAACGAUUUCGAAACUUAAUCCGCUGUUAUAUUGAUAAGCAUCAAUAUGACAGUGCAGUUUUCUGGGCUGACAAGGUUGUCACAAUGUCAAAAGGUGAUGUCCAUGAUGUUUACAUGUUGGCUCAGAGUCUUUACCACACCAAACAAUACCACAGAGCGGCACAUCUCAUCAGGAACAGAAGAUUGGAUAAAACACACAAGGCUGGAAGAUAUUUAGCUGCAAAAUGCUUAGAAGCUGUACAGAAAUGGGAGGAGGCGUUGAAUGUCCUUGAAGGAUGUGAGGAGAGUGACAUCAUGAUCUUCCCACCGAGGAUCGAAGAGAUGAAACUAGAUGACCAGAAAGAUGAGCUGGACAGGAUCCCAUUACAAAAUGUUGAUAGCUCGAUGGCACUGUUGAGGGGUCAGAUCUACGAAGCUCUUGAGAAUCGUAUCCAGGCCUCAGAAUGCUACAAACAGGCACUGUUUGAAGACGUCCACUGCUACGAGGCAUUUGAAUUACUCGUCAAACACCAGAUGCUGACUGCAGAAGAAGAGAAAGAACUCCUUCAGUCAUUACCAAUCAGUGAACAGUGUCCCGGGGAAGAUUUGGAGUUUGUCAGAAGUCUUUACCAAAGUCUUCUGAAAAAAUAUGACAGGCCAGUAUCAACAAAGUUAGCAGACUCUUUGACAAGCCUCAAUACCAAUCUAGAUAUACAGACCAACACAGCAGAGAGACACUACUAUAACUGUGAUUUCAGGACCAGUUAUAAAAUCACUUGCAGUGUACUUGAAUCAGAUCCAUUCCAUGAGAGAUGUUUACCGGUCCAUGUAGCAACAUUAGUAGAACUCAAGAAAUCUAAUGACUUAUUUUACCUAGCUCAUAGAUUAGUAGAUCUUCAUCCUGAUAAAGCAGUAUCAUGGUUUGCUGUGGGUUGUUACUAUUAUCUCGUCGGGAAGAAUGAGCCAGCAAGACGGUUUCUAAGCAAAGCUACAGCAAUAGACCGUCUGUACGGUCCAGCGUGGCUGGCCUUUGGCCAUUCCUUCGCAGCUGAAGGAGAGCAUGACCAAGCGAUGGCAGCUUACUUCACCGCCUCGAGACUCAUGAAAGGAUGUCAUCUCCCGCUUCUUUACGUUGGAUUAGAAUACGGUCUUACCAAGAACUUCAAGCUAGCCGACAAGUUCUUCAUUCAGGCUUUAGGCAUAGCCAGCAGCGAUCCAUUCGUACUCCAUGAAAUGGGUGUGGUGGCAUUCCAUAAUGGAGACUGGGAGACUGCCGUCACGCAUUUCAACGAAGCCUUGGAUAUAGUACAGGACAUCAGCAAACAGACGCUAGCAGAUAAGUGGGAGCCGUUACUAAACAAUCUAGGGCAUGUCUACAGAAAACUCAAGAGAUAUGAAGAGUCCCUGGAGUACCAUCGGCAAGCAUUGAUCCUUAGUCCUCAGAAUCCCUCUACAUUCUCCGCCAUCGGCUAUGUAUACGCCCUCAUGGGCCAGUUCUCAAUAGCCAUCGACUACUUCCACAAGGCUCUUGGUGUGGGUCGUGAUGAUACCUUCUCAGUGACCAUGUUAACUCACAGUAUAGAGCAGUACAUCGGUGAGAUGUCACCUUGUACAGGAGGAAGCGAAACCGUCCCUGACCUGGAAGCAGUCGUCAAGGAGGAGGUCGUUGCUACGACGGAGAAAUCAAACUCGAGUGUGGACAUGGAGGUGGAGAUGAAUCUGGAGGACUCGCCAAUGCCGCAGAAGAUUGCAAAAUAGGAUCUAUAAACCAAGGACAGUAUCUGUAAUGAUGCAAGAAAUGUAAAGGCAAGAAUGUCCUUCAUUGGAUGUUAGGACACCUAUUAGUGUUGACUUCAGAAUUAUCUGCCUCAUUAGCUUUUCAAAGCUUUGCAGAUGAUACUGCAAAGAUGAUCUCUGAUGAUGCAAGAACUAUGAAGGUAAGAAUGUAACCCUUUAUUGGAUGUAAGGACACCUAUUGGUGUUAACUUGGGAAGUGUCUGCCUCGUCAACUUUUCAAAGCUUUGCAGAUGAUACUGCAAAGAUGAUCUCUGAUGAUGCAAGAACUAUGAAGGCAAGAAUGUAACCCGUUAUUGGAUGUAAGGACACCUAUUGGUGUUGACAUUGGAAUAAUCUGCCUUAUGAACUUUUGGAAGGCUACUGCAGGUGAUACCAGAGACACAUUUGUUGAAUGCACAUACAUGUAGGUAAUCUUGACAUCUGUUUCUUGUUCUGAGGAAUGAUCCGUCUCAUUGGCUUUUCUAAGACUUGCAGAUGAUAACAAAGAGAUGAUUUCUGAAGAUGAUGAUGCAAGAACUAUGAAGGGAAGAAUGUCACCGUUUAUUGGAUGCAAGGACACCUAUUGGUGUUGACAUCGGAGAAAUCUGCCUUAUGAACUUCUUGAAAACUGUUGCAGGUGAUACCUUCUAAAGACACAUUGGGUGCGAGAAACCUUGGUAGAAAGUGUGGAUUGAUGCCAUGCCAAAGGACGCUAGGCCACAGUGGGAUUUGAACACACGACCCUCUGAUCACAAGACGAGUCAGAACCACUACACCAUGAUGCUUAGGUGCAAGAUCAAGAAAUCUAUGUAAUUUUGAAAUUGGUUUCUUUUCCUUAGGAACAAUCUGCCUCAUUGGUGUUUAUAUUCAAAGACUUGCAGAAGAAAUAGCAAAUGCCCAUACAUGUAAGGCUGUCUACCAAAACACCAAUCGCUUGUUUCACCCUGUACUCCUUUGAGAAGAUCUUAACCUAAAGAGUAUAAAUUAAAUCUUGCUUUAUGCUCCUUGUCCAAAUCUGUAACAUUUUUUUUCUGAACACCAACCCAUAUUGAGAACAUGUGUAGGACUUUCGCUUUAUGUGGGGACUUAUGCUUGAUUUGGAAUUUAUCAUAAUUUUCUUGUGAUACCCCCAUUUUGAAAUUAUACAUGUCACAUUUACUCAAUCACAGGGUUUCUUACCAAUUUCCUUUUUGCAGAUAUCAAACAGCAAAAUGCGCAACAUUUUUUACAGUGACAAAAAAUGUCAGGUAUUAAUAUUUUCACGGAAUACAAGACAUUGUUAACAGUAAUGAGUUUGAUCCAGAUUGUACUUUAGCUAUAAGCAUUACGUGUCAUGACCUUAUUCAAAGCAAGAAAAAAAUUAUAUUAUCUGUACUUGAGCUAUUCUUGUUCCUUUUUCAUCAUGAAUCAGCGUUUGUAUUGAGAACAAAAGUAACACAUUUGGGCUAUUUUGCAACUUUAUGGGGUAUUUCUUUAAAUAUCACUCCGACCCUUGGAUAGGACGUUAAAUGGAGGCCCGUGUACAGGAGAGUCACCACCUUUGCACGUUAAGAACACACUGCAUUAUUUGUAUAAGUUUAGGGGGAAAACCUGGUGUAGUGGUCCACCUGUACUCCCCCAAUCAGUUAUAACGGAAGGAGAGACCAGCCGGUCAUAGUGAUUCAGAUCGCUUUUCGCCUCCCAGGUACAGGUGAAGCCAAAACAAUUAAAUAAUUUCAGGGGCUAAAUUGCACUCGACUUAAAUAUAUUUUUCACUUUUUUUGCUGGUUUACAGUGAAAAUCUUAAUUUUAAUUUCAAGGAUACCAAUAAUAUUGUGAUGACAAUGGUAAUAGAUUGUGAAGAUUUUACUUUUGAAUGAUAUCAUACAUGAUGAUGUAUACAUUUUUGUACAAAUACAUACGCUAUUGCUUAGCAUAUUAAAUAUAGUCAUGAUUUUA